AACCCGAAAGAACAUCGCUCGAUUUAUUCUACUUCGAGCUGCUCUCUCUAUCGGCUGAAACUGGCAUCUUCUGAUUUAUCAGUAAGCAACACCGGUAUCAAGGCGAACAUCAUCUGACGUAGGAAAUUCGUCUAUUGGAACUACUUUUGUCUCCCAUAACAUGUCCCCGCAAGGAAACAAGAGCAGAGCUCCAACCUGCCUUAUCAUGGCCGCCUCCCUUUGACUCUUCCCUUGUUCUGGCCCAUUUCCCUCCUCUUAACCUCUCUAUUUUACGGUUUGUCCUCCCAAAUCUCCCCAUAUCGAGAUGGCUGAACCUGCCUCAGUGGUGCCAUAUGAGGUCGAGGAAUGCCGGGGCGUCCUGAGGGUCUUCAGUGACGGCUCGAUAGUCCGUUCCUCGAAGCCGGGCUUGAACGUCCCUGUGGUCGACGAUGGGUCGGUGCUGUGGAAAGAUGUCCAGUUUGACCCGGUCCAUGACCUGUAUCUCAGGCUUUACAUGCCUGCUGCCCCGUCUCCCUCCAGUUCUAAGCUGCCGGUCUUCUACUACAUCCAUGGUGGUGGCUUCUGCAUCGGGUCGCGCACCUGGCCAAACUGCCAGAACUACUGCUUCAAGCUUGCCUUGGAGCUCCAGGCCGUGGUCAUUGCCCCGGACUACCGCCUGGCCCCGGAGAACCGUCUCCCCGCUGCCAUAGAGGAUGGGUUCACAGCCAUGAAGUGGCUCCAAGUUCAGGCCGUGGCCGAGGAGCCGGACCCGUGGCUGACUGAGGUGGCUGAUUUCAGCCGGGUGUUCGUGUCCGGUGACUCUGCCGGUGGGAAUAUCGCCCACAACCUGGCGGUCCGGCUUGGGGUGGGUUCGCUUGAGCUGGCUCCAGUCGUGGUGAGGGGCUACGUGCUCUUGGCACCGUUUUUCGGUGGGACUGUGAGGACCAAGUUCGAGGCGGAGGGGCCCAAGGAAGCUUUCCUAAACAUCGACCUCAUCGAUAGGUUUUGGAGGCUGUCGAUUCCCAUUGGUGACACAACUGACCACCCGCUGGUGAACCCCUUUGGGCCACGGAGCCGCAGCAUCAAGUCGGUGGAGCUGGACCCGAUCCUCGUGGUGGUUGGCGGUGCAGAUCUCCUCAGAGACCGAGCCGAGGACUAUGCCAAGCGGCUCAAAGCCUGGGGGAAGAAGGUCGAGUACCUUGAGUUCGAAGGCAAGCAGCAUGGCUUCUUCACCAUCGAUCCCAACUCCGAUGCCGCCGGCGAGCUCAUGGUUCAAAUCAAGCGUUUCAUCCAGUCGUUCUCAUGAGAAUCAUAACCACUCCUUUCUGUUGCAACAUGAAGCGUACGUGUGAUGUCAAUUGUAUUUCACUUCUGUCAUUUUAUUUGUUUCCGAAGGAAUUAAGUCUAAGCUUUUGUAUUCGGUACGUGCCUUGACGGGCUAAACUUUGGCACGGGGAAUGUUGAAGUUUGAUGCAAUAUAUAUCAAAUUUCUCGUCGUCAAUAUAUAUAAUAACAAACUCUCGAAUCGGUA